CAAAUCAAUAAUAUCAAUUAAUAAGUUACCUAGUUAAAAUUAAACCCCCUAUUUUUUCGUAAUCUCCGUUAUCUUCUCUAUAGAAAAUGGAAAACCACAGCGAAGCUAGCACACUCAACAACAGGGAGAGAAAAACAAGGGAGAGAGAGCUCCUUGCCUUAUAGUUAGCUACUCAUCGGAACUUCACCUUUAGCUUCAUCGGCGUUAUUUCGUGGCGGCGAAAUCAACGUUUCGGUUCUGUUUGAUUCAGUUGUGGUCGGUUUCGUUUUGAUUUUAGCUGCAUUCGACGUUUCAGUUCAUCGGAAGGCUUCGCUCUUUUGUUUUUGUCGUUAACUGUGAAGAAGCUAUUUGCAGCUAUUUCUGGAGAAGAAACAUAUAAAUAGAUCGAAAUGAUGAACUGUAUAUGAAAGGAGAGAAAGAGAACAGGUGAUAAUGGACGAUAGAGGAGGUUCCUUUGUAGCUGUUAGGAGGAUUUCUCAAGGUCUCGAGCGAGAAAAUUCAUGCCAUUCAACUUCUGGUGAUGAAGCUCUGACUAAUUUAAAUCCGCUUUUUCUUUUUCUUUUUAUUUUCCGUGUAAAAGAAAUAAUAUUUUAAAGAGUCCUCUCUUUAGUCUCUUAAAGCUAGAAACGUCUUUCCUUUUACUUUUACUUUUACUUUUUUUCUUUUCCGGUGAGUAAAUUGCGAAUCUGCAAUUUAAACUGCGAGGUAUAGUCAGCUUUGAGUGUUUCCAAAAACAAUCCCUAACUUAAUGUGCGAUGAUGCUCAAAUCUGUUUUGCUGAGGUUGUGGCAGGAUCAGCAGCAUGGUUGGGUAGAGGCCUUUCUUGUGUUUGUGCACAGAGAAGAGAGAGUGAUGCUCGUCCAUCAUUUGAUUUAACCCCUUCCGAGGAAGAAUGCUUGCAGAGGCUGCAGAACCGUAUAGAUAUUGCCUAUGAUAGUUCAAUCCCUGAGCAUCAGGAAGCUUUAAGGGCCUUAUGGAAUGCUGUCUUCCCAGAAGAAGAGCUACACGGCUUAAUAUCCGAACAAUGGAAGGAAAUGGGGUGGCAAGGGAAAGAUCCAUCGACAGAUUUUAGGGGUGGCGGUUUUAUAUCAUUGGAGAACCUGUUAUUCUUUGCUAGGCACUUUCCGAAAUCCUUCAAGGAUCUCCUUUGGAAGCAGGAAGGUGACCGGUCAGCGUGGGAAUAUCCCUUUGCCGUGGCCGGUGUGAACAUUACAUUCAUGCUUAUUCAGAUGCUUGAUCUUGAAGCAGUCAAACCAAGAACAAUGGUAGGAGCAAUUUUCUUGAAGUUCCUCUCAGAAAACGAAUCAGCGUUUGACAUUCUCUAUUGUAUCGCAUUCAAGCUAAUGGAUCGUCAAUGGCUUGCUAUGCGUGCAUCUUACAUGGACUUCAAUACUGUGAUGAAAGCCACGCGUUGCCAACUGGAAAGGGAGUUUUUACUGGAAGAUAUAACACGUCUGGAGGAACUGCCCUCGUACAGUCUUCUUACACUAUAGUUGAAAGGUACUUCUUUAACUAUACUUCUUUUGUGAAUGGCAAGAGCUAGGAUGCAUGCUAUGGAUGAACAUGUUGCCCUUCUCUGCCUUUAACCAAAUGUCUUUUAAGCUAGAUACAUGUGCUUCAUUUCAAACAAGUGGAAUUGAUGUUCCCUUCUGAUUUCUUAGAAUAAGAAA